AUGGUUACUAUCUUUCAUGACUUGAUGAACAAAGAAAUUGAAGUUUACGUGGAUGAUAUGAUUGUCAAGUCAAAACAGGGCGAGGAGCACACAACUAUUUUAAGGAAGCUGUUCGAUCGAUCGAGGAAGUUCAAAUUGAAACUCAAUCCCAACAAAUGCAUAUUUAUGGCAACCACUGGAAAACUCCUAGGUUUUGUAGUAAGCCAAGAAGGCAUUAAAGUUGACCCGGAUAAAGUCAAGGCAAUCUUAGAGAUGGCAUCUCCACAGACGCAAAAAGAAGUCAGAGGAUUUCUAGGACGACUCAACUACAUCGCAAGGUUCAUAUCUCACUUAACAGCAACUUGCGAACCCAUCUUUAAAUUGCUCCACAAGAACAAUGAUGGGGUAUGGAGUGAAGAUUGUCAAGUAGCAUUUGAUAAGAUUAAGCAGUAUUUACAAUACCCUUCAGUUCUUGUGCCACCAGCUCAAGGACGGCCUCUUAUUUUAUAUCGCACAAUGACUGAAAACUUAAUGGGAUGUGUACUAAGGCAGCAUGAUGAUUCAAGCAGUAAAGAACAGGCCAUUAAAGGGAGUGCUUUGGCCGACUACCUAGCUCAACAACCUAUAAAUGACUACGAACCGGUGAAGUUUGACUUUCCAGAUGAGUAUAUCUCCACCAUAACCGCAAGUGAGGAAAGUUUAGACCCACAAACUUGGACCAUGAUGUUUAAUGGUGCCUCUAACGAGUUAGGUCAUGGGAUAGGGGCUAUUUUGAUAUCACCCAAAGGGGAACUAUACCCUCUUACCGCCAGAUUAUGUUUUGACUGCACACAUAAUAUGGCCGAGUAUGAAGCAUGCUCGAUGGGCGUUCAAGCUGCUAUUGAUAUGAAGGUUAAGAAACUUAAAGUUUUUGGGGAUUCUAUGCUAGUAAUUCAUCAGCUAGGAGGAGAAUGGGAAACAAGAGACACUAAGUUGUUGCCUUAUAAACAACUCAUUACAGAAUUGUCACAAGAAUUUAAGGAAAUCUCAUUUGAUUAUUUUCCAAGAGAAAAUAAUCAAGUAACAGAUGCAUUGGCCAUAUUAGCAGUGAUGUCCAAUUUAGAACUCAAUGAGGAUGUUCGUCCGAUUAAAGUUGGGAGGAGAGAUGUCUCAGCUUCUUGUAUGAGCAUUGAGGAAGAACCUGAUGGUAACCCCUGGUUUCGUGACAUCUAUAUCAAGAGUAAAGAAUAUCCACCAAAUGCUUCAGAAAAUGAUAAUCGCAGCCUCUACAAGUUGGCAAUGAAGUUUUUUCUUAAAUGGAGAGAUAUUGUACAAGAGAAACCAUGA